UCUCAUCUUCCGCUUCUUUUCACAAUCAGGCUAUAACAACGGCUUCUAUUGGCUGCUCUUCCUGAGUAUAUCGUCCUAUGACCUGCUAGGAGGAAGUGCUCCCUUAGGAACUGGUGUGCCAUGGCGGACCGUCUAACACAGUUGCAAGAUGCGGUGAAUUCUCUUGCAGAUCAAUUUUGUAAUGCAAUUGGAGUAUUGCAGCAGUGUGCCACACCCGCGUCCUUCAGCAAUAUUCAAACUGCAAUAAACAAAGAUCAACCUGCUAAUCCUACAGAAGAAUAUGCCCAACUGUUUGCUGCAUUGAUUGCAAGAACUGCUAAGGAUAUUGAUGUUUUAAUAGAUUCCUUACCCAGUGAAGAAUCGACAGCCACAUUACAGGCUGCCAGUUUGCAUCGCUUGGAGGAAGAGAAUCAUGAGGCAGCUGCACGUCUUGAAGAGGUGGUUUAUCGUGGGGAUAUGCUCUUGGAAAAGAUACAGAGUGCUUUAGCUGACAUUGCUCAAUCCCAACUGAAGACAAGAAGUGGCAGUCAUAGUCAGCCUUCUCCAGAUUAACAGCAGCAGGUGUCUGGACUCAACCACAAAAUUUGAACUUCUGGAAAACAUGGGGUGGGGAAAAGGAAGGAGGUUGGUUUAUUAAAAAAAACCAAGUUGUACAUCACCGUUGAGCCUUAAUCCUUUGGAAACAUUUACAGUGUUGUGCUUCUGGGAAAAACAAACUUCAGUCUUUUUUGUAUGAUAUUGUUCUAGUGAGAAGCAAUCCAAAAUUGAGAGUUGUCAGAACUUAUUUUCAAUACGUUCUUUAUGCUCAAGCCCUGUGCUUCGAUUGUAAGUAGAUUCAGACUGUCUGAUUUCAUUCACUAAGCAACUUUGUGUAGUCACAGUUAAUAAGGUGUUCCAGGCAAGGCAUGCAUGUGUAAUUGACACAUGUGACAGUGUACAAAUGUGUUCCAUAGAAGUGCUGCUCUGUGUAUGUAAGGUCACAUGUAAAUGGUUGCUAAGUGGCCUUUAACCUGCUGCUUGUGUGGAUUCUUUCGGUAUUGACUAGGAAAAUAAGCUUGAUUAGGGUGGAAAGAACUUGGAUGUUUUGCGGGGGAGAUCCUAAGUACUAUCUGGAGGUGGAAGAGCAGAGCAAACAAAAAAAUGAUAGCUUGGUGGCAUCUGCCCUUGGGAAUGGAUACAUGCUCCCUUUUGAUCCUGUACAUCAGUUGGGAACUUGUGGCUUUCCAGAUGUUGAAAAGAUGUUGUUGGCCUCCCAGCUCUCAUCAGCCCUAGCUAGCCUGGCCAAUGGUCAGGGAUGACUGGAGUUGUAAUCCCACAACAUUUCAAGGGUCACAGGCUCCUCACUCCUGCGGUACACACAGUUGUGGGCAUGAUGGGAUUAUUUGCUUUGGGAUGGAGAGGAACGAGCAAAGAUAUGGAAGAAUCAGAACCUGUUCCAUUGAGAAACAGCUCUGGCUAAAUCAAUGGAUUCUAAUGAAGGUGAGCUGUCACCUUUAAAGAAGAAGCUCUGUUGGAAGCUUAGUCCCGGUAGUAUCUGAAGUUUGGGCUUAGACAAUUUGAGCAAAUGAUGCAUAGAUGAACUUGUAACUCGCCAACACUUUUUAGUACCAGUUUAAUAUAUUAAACAAGUGUGCGGACAAAUAAUCUUUCACUUAAAUUUGUGUUUGCUUAUAUAUACUCUUCCCGUUUCUUUUGCUUGUGGUGUAUGAAUAUUAGAAAUCAGCUGAAUCAACCCUGGUGAUUGCUGAUCACUGGUGGAUCGCAUCGCCCUGAUCUUUGUGAUUAGAAAUCACACCUACUUUUAAUUUACCUCAUCUCAAACAGUGCAGCAACUCAUCUCAAAUAGUCAAAUAAUGAGGGGGACCCUCAUUUGCUGAUAACAAAAAGCUUUGCCUAGGCUUUAUAUGCAUGCAACUAACAUUUUGUUGAGCCAUCAAAAUAUACUUUUUGUGCCUGAUUUAGUAGUACUGAUUUCCAGAGAAGAAAUGGUGAAGAUUCUUUAGCAUUUAAAAGGGCUGCUUGAAGAAAAUGUGGAUGUUCCUUCUCGACAAUUGGUUCCUGCCUCAUCCCAUUCAUGCUGGUAAUAGAAAAUGAAGAAUGAAAUCAAGGUUCAGUAUUUGUGCUAGAAUCUGCUACAUCUAUAACACCAUUUUACUAAAUGAUGUCUACAGAUUGUA